AGCCUCCACGGGCCCCGACCAUGAACAGCUCUGGCCUGCCGUCCGUCAGCCCCUACGUCGCCUCUGCCGUCCCCUCCUUCUCACCCCAGUGCGGGUUGCUGCGGGAGGAACACGAGAUCGCUGUACUGAGCGACGGGCGCAGGCCCGACCCCCAGGGGACCACUGUCAUCAACGUCCAGACCUUCAACCCCCCGCCCCCCGACUACCUGACCUGGUCCCUCUUCAACACGCUCUACAUGAACUUCUGCUGCCUCGGCUUCAUCGCCCUCAUCUUCUCCGUGAAGGCGAGAGACCACAAAGUCCUCGGAGACGUGAGCGGGGCUCACAGCUACGCCGCCACAUCCAGAUGCCUGAACAUCACAGCCCUGGUCCUCAGCCUGACCUUCAUCAUCCUCGUCGUCGUGCUCCUGGUCACCGGGGUCCUGGCUUCCUUACACAUGGUGUCCCAAUCCCUGCGGAUGAAUAGGGAUUAGACCCCGGGAGAGCCCCCUCCACCCUGGCCUUCCCUUUCCGCAACGGCCCCGCUCCGCUUCCCAACACCAGCCUGAACUCCGCUGACCGACACCCCAGAAGAAGAGUUUGGGAAGGAGAGCCUAGUGACCCCCUCGUCCCCCCGGUGCCGUCCUGACUGCCGUGACCAUGGACAUGGUGGGUGGGUGGGUUCGGCGACCAUAAUAAACUGACCGUAAUAAACGGUCCUUUUUUCCACCA